AAUAAACUACCGUUCGAUUAAAAAUAGCUUCCGCGGGUUAGAAAUCAGAAGGGUCGGCGGUAAUUAACAUGGCCCUCUACUUCUGAGUCAGACAUUUAUCAACCAUCAUAUCACUUAUACGUAUCGCGUAUCUAUACACUCAGCCACAACAUACUCAUCAGCAUGUCAUCAACCAGCCAGACCACAAAUGCACGUCUGUCCCGUCUCCCUCGUAAACCACCUCGCCCAUUCAUCUCUGCCCACCACCGUCCUCCUACUCGAAAUCAUACCACGACCGACAACAUCUUCCGUGUCCUCCUCAUCUCCAGUGGGAGCGUCGCCAGUAUUAAAAUACCCAAUAUUGUGGAAGAACUAGUUAAAGUGGGCAACAUUGAUAUCCAAAUUAUAGCCACCAAAGCUUCAACACAUUUCUACUCACAAGAAGACGUAGACAAAUCUGUACAAUCAGCAUUAAAUUUGUCGGACGAGGAAAUGCAAGACGACGUAGGAGUGAGAAUAUGGACAGACGAAGACGAGUGGUCGGACUGGAAGAAAGUCGGAGACCCGAUCCUACACAUUGAAUUACGACGCUGGGCGGACAUCGUCGUGGUAGCCCCAUGUUCAGCCGACUUACUCGCCAAGAUUUCGUGUGGAUUAUGUGAUACCCUUGCCUCAUCUUUUCUCCGCGCCCUAUCAUCAUCCACACCCGUAGUCAUCUGCCCAGCAAUGAACACUCACAUGUAUCAACACCGCUUGACCGCCAAACACCUUGCUGUCGUGCAAGAUGAAUUAGGAUACCUUGUUUCUGGACCACAAGGGGCAGGAAGGCUUGCUUGUGGUGAUGAUGGCCCAGGCAAAAUGACAGACUGGCACGAUAUCGUCUCUCUUAUCCAAGGAUUCGCCACAAUGCACCAAACCCAAGUCUCCCUCGCCUCAUUAACCUUUCCUUCUUUAUCCAUGCCUUACCCUUCUGCAUCUGCGUCUCCAAGUGAUACUUUUAUAGAUACUCCUUCCCCUCCCCCUGCAUCUGCAGACACGUCCACCUACAACCUCCCACAUCGCUUCCCCUGCGGAGCAAGCUCAAAUCUUCCACAACAGAGGGAAAAGGAAAAGGGAAUUGGGGAACAUCCUACAAUGGUUGUGCCCUUACCAGACCCGCAUCCAUUAUCGACAGAAGCAGCGCUCAACGGUGAAAAGAUGCCAGCAUCGGUAUAUGCCAAAAAUGUGGAUUGGGAAAAGUUGGCCAAUGAUGGUGGGUUGUGGCAUCGAAAAUGGUGGCUUGGUGUCUGAUUUGAGGCGUCUGAUCAUGUGCCCAGUCUAAAAGGGAUGACUAGAGGUUGAUGAUAAAUUGACGCUGAUUUUUGGUGUGCUUAUUGUAUUUUUUGAUAGAGAUAUAUAUUCAGGGUUAUUACAUGUCCAUCGUAAGCUAUAAGGUGAAUACCCUAUGAAUACGAUU